AUGCUCUUACCGUAUUCGGGAACUCUUCCAAAUGCUACAGAGCAGUUGCUUAAUCAUGCUAUUCCCCAUAAUCCGGGAGGUUUGAUGCAAAUGGAGCAACGCUUGGGAUGCACGUUCGACCAUAAUCUCUACGCAGCUAAUAAAAGAAGGCUUAAUCCUAGGAACACUUGCGAUCCACAAAUUGAGUCUUCAUUUAUCCCUCGCGCCGUACUCAUCACUCUUCUCAUACUUCGACUCCUUCCAAUCGUCAUCUGCGCACUUCUUAUGGCAAAACGAACCCCAUUGAGUGAAUCGAUCGCUGUACUUAUUGAAAAGCUACGUCCUGCGCAGAAAAAGACGAGGUGA